AUGGGUGCUUUACCGAAAAAAUGUGGGGAUCCUGGUGCAUGCAUGGUUACUUGCAUAACAGGGGGUGUACAAUUUAUUGACUGCAUGUGUGAUUUGGGUCCAUGUGUUAGUAUUAUGCCAUUAUCUGUAUAUGAUGCCUUGAGGCUCCCACCCUUAAAAAGGUCGGCAGCACGUUUUGUUUUGGCAGAUAAGAGCAUAAUUUCAGUGGUUGGCAUUGUGGAAGAUAUCCUAGUAAGCAUUAAAGGGCUGACGUUUCCUAUAGACUUCUACAUUCUAGAGAUGCCCCCUAGUGACUCCGGAAGACCUUCGUCCAUCUUACUUCGAAGGCCAUUUCUAAAAACUUCAAAGUUCAAGUUGGAUGCCUUUUUAGGAACCUAUUCUUUCGAGAUAGAUGGCAGAGUAGUGAGAUUCAACUUGGAUGAAGCUAUGAAGCAUCCACCGGAAGACCAUUCCAUCUUCCAGUGCGACGUUAUUGAUGGGACUGUGGCAGAAGUUCACCAAGAAGCAAUGGAUGAGAUGCACAUGGAGCAAGGUACAAGUGUGGAGAAGCCAUCUGAGCGUGUUGAGGACACCCUGCUACCUUUAAUGGCUCCGGAUGAUCAUGCACCAAGCCGUGAGUUGAAAAUGGAAUUGAAACCCCUUCCACCUCAUCUCAAGUACGCCUACCUUAAAGACAAUCAGAAGUUCUCGGUUAUCAUUACAAGGGACCUCACUUCCCAACAAAAGGAGCAACUGCUUAGCGUACUGAAAAGACACAAGAAAGCAAUUGGGUGGAUUUUGCAAGCACCGGAUAUUUCUAGAGGAGGGAGUGAGGCCUAUUCAUCAACCUCAAAGCCGGUUGAACCUCACCAUUUUAGAAGUGGUGAAGAAAGAAGUAACCAGGCUGCUAGAAGCUGA